AUGUCUACCCACGGAGAAUCCUGGUCCAAUGUGGGAUGUGUUUGUUUUGAUGUGGACUCUACCGUGUGUACGGAUGAAGGAAUCGAUGAAUUGGCUCGGUUUUUGCACUGUGAAGACAAAAUACAGGCGAUAACGAAACGGGCAAUGAGUGGGGAACUGGACUUUCGACAAUCGCUCACACUACGGUUAGAGCUGAUGAAACCAACUCAAAGUGAUUUUUCUCGUUUUCUGUCGCACAAGAAACUCAGUUUAACUACAGGUAUCAACGGUGGCUUUGAUAUUCUGGUGAAUCCGGUCGCAAACGCGCUGAAUCUUCCUCCCGAAAACGUCUACUGUAACAAGAUUCUGUUUUCUGAUGAUGGUACCUAUGCCGGAUUCGAUACCAGCGCGCCCACAUCCACUUCGGAAGGCAAAGCACUGAUCGUGGCCGAACUGAUCAAACGAUUCCACCGGGACGUGGUAAUCGUGGGUGAUGGAAUGACCGAUGCGCGUGCCUGUCCGCCGGCCAUUCAUUUCGUCGGGUUUGGCGUGAAUGUGAAUCGAUCAUCGGUGCGUGAAGUCACCCCGUAUUUUUGUACCAGCGUUGACGAACUGGAAUCGUUGUUCAAGUCUGUCGAUCUCAUUCGUGACUAG